CUAACACUAGGUCAGAUUUCCCACGACUCAUAUCAAUUGUUUUCCGACUUUUCCCACAGUUCAAUUUUGGCUCCCAAAACCUAACCACCACGACACCCCUCUAGCAACUGACCUCCUCUUCCUCCUUCUCCGCCUCCGACCGCUCUCCUCCUCCUUCUCUCUUCUCUCUUCAUUCCCAAAUCCACUGAAUCUGCCAAUUGCUGAGAGUGGAGAAGCCGAAGCCGGAGCUACAGUCGCCGUCUCUCCUUUCUCUCUCCAUGGGCCUCCCCCUCUCAGCCGCUCUCUUGGGCCGUCGAGGCGUCGACGGCCCUCGCUCUCCUCGACUGUAACUCGGUAAAAAGUUGUCUGGGUUUUCAAUCGAUCUAUCUCUCAUGAACAUCUUCAUGAUUUUCUGGGUUUUCAGUCGAACAGCCUCGAGCUCUUGGUUGCUCUCUUCCUCAAGCAGCAAAGCAGAAAACUUUCUGGGUUCGAUUUCUGAUUCUUCAAAGUCCGUGUCUUGGGUCUGUUCUCAAUCUCUUUUUACUUGGUUUCUGUUUUGGGCUCCUAUUUUUCACUUGCAGAUUCAAAUUUUAAGUUGUGAUUUGCUUUGUUGGCUGGUGUAAGGUGUGAAAUUUUAGCAGAGCAGAGAUUGAUUGUUAAUUGCCUACUGGUAUUAGAGCUCUGUAAGUCGCGUGCAGAGCAACCAUCAUUCUGUUAAUUGGCUACGGGUCUAGUUUUAGACUUUAUUUCAAGUGUUCAACUACUUCUCCUGUUGCAUAUAUUCAUUAUUGGUUUUUGAAUUCAAUGAUGGUUGCUUCUUCAUAUAUUUAUCUCAAAAGUGGCUUUGUAACUACUGAUAUAUGUAAUUUGUGACAGGAAAUAGCUAGGAUGCCUGUCACCUUUACGAGGGGGCUUCUUCUGUUGUGCUUGUGUAUAGCAGCGGUGACGAUGAGAACAGCAAAAGCAGCAGGUGGAGGAGGAUACAUAAGGACCCGAAACAGCCCUUGAAUACUAGAAUCAAUGACCUACCGAGCCGGAUGACUUUGGAGGAAAAGAUUGGCCAGAUGACACAGAUAGAGUGCAGUGUUGCUUCAGCUGAGGUCAUGAACAAGUACUACAUUGGGAGUGUCUUGAGCGGCGGUGGGAGUGUGCCAUCAGAAGAAGCUUCUGCAGAAACUUGGGUUACAAUGGUGAAUGAUUUUCAAAAGGGUUCUCUAUCAACUCGCCUCUGUAUUCCAAUGAUUUAUGGUAUUAAUGCUGUUCAUGGCCACAAUAAUGUCUACAAGGCAACAAUCUUUCCCCACAAUGUUGGCCUCGGAGUUACCAGGGACCCUGAACUUGUUAAGGAGAUUGGAGCUGCAACUGCACUUGAAGUUAGAGCCACAGGCAUUCCAUAUGUCUUGCACCAUGCAUAGCGGUUUGUAGAGAUCCAAGAUGAGGUCGUUGUUACGAAAGCUAUGGUGAAGAUCAUAAGGUUGUUCAAGCAUUGACUCAGAUCAUACCUGGAUUACAAGGAGAUAUACCACCUAACUCUACAAAGGGAACACCCUUUGUAGCUGGAAAGUAAGAAACAAAUUAUUGUAGUUGUUUGCUUGUACGUGUUACCUAAUAUUCUUUAGCAUUUCACAAGCUCAGUUCAUGGUAGAACGUAGCAUUAAUUACGGGCCUGCUGCUACAUUUAAUUUUCACCUUUAAUCCAAUGAGGUAAUUCCUCAUAAUUUGUUGUUUAGUA